GGUGAAACCCCCCCCAACUGUUCUGACCGUCACAAUAAUAAUUUAAAAAAAUAACAAUUAUAGCAAUAGUAAAAUAGACGACUUUUUGGCAUAUUUAAUAUUCAUUCACAAUAUCUUCAUAUUCAUACUCGAAGUAGUGAACUCAUACUUAAAAAAAAGAACUCACUCGGGAACUAUUAUUUGCAGGCGUACAUGAAUGUUCACGCAACAAAUGUACAUGUACAUACAAACAUGCAAAGGUGUUAAUCUUCUUUUCCCUGCCAGGGUACAUGUAUUCUCCAGGGUAACAAGUGAUGCGUGCUAGCAAUUAGCCAGAUUCAAAAGAAACCCAAACCCCCCCUACUCGCGGAAUCAUCACACAACCUUCACAAUGACAUUUAGAGCUAUCAAUAGUGCGGUAACGCCUUGUGAUUUGGUUCGUCUUGGGCUAUGAAUAGCGCGGUAACGCCUUGUGAUUUGGUUCGUCUUGGGCUAUGAAUAGCGCGGUAACGCCUUGUGAUUUGGUUCGCGCUUGUGCCAAAAAAAGAGGUAAACUACGAACCAAUCAACAUGAGCGUCGUUACCUGUGGUUUACUAUGUGGCGGGAUUUCAAAGUCUUCUAUACAGAAGCAAAGCGUCAUUUCCUUGGCGUCCUCUGAAAACCUGUCCCUGUCUUUAUUUGAAAGAAAACUUUCUCGAGUCCAGACGCUUUCUACAUUCCUGCAAAGAUGUCGACCAACAAAAUUACUAUCAAGUGGGUUAAUGAAAAAUGGGAUGGCCUUGUCGAAGAUGUUGUUCGGAGCAGGGUGAAAUCCCGCGAUCCCCUAGAAAUCGGCAUGGAGGUGCAAGUGACCUACAGAUCUAGCAGUCACAGGGCAGUAAUUGUUGGGAUCGGCGACAAAAAAAGGAAGCUUUCCGAAGAUUCCGACGAGGACGAUGUGCCACUUGCGGUCGUUAAAAGGCUCGCCGCUGGCCCCUCCACACUUCCCGAGGCCCAGCUCACCGGGGAACCAACCGGACCCGCCAGCGAUCUCAAGGCCCAGCCCGUACCUAUUGAUGAUCCCACCGGCCCCACCAGCGAUGAGGCCCAGCCCAUACCCAUAGAUGAUCCCACCGGCCCCACCGGCGAUGAGGCCCAGCCCAUACCCAUAGAUGAUCCCACCGGCGAUGAGGCCCAGCCCAUACCCAUAGAUGAUCCCACCGGCCCCACCAGCGAUGAGGCCCAGCCCAUACCCAUCGAUGAUCCCACCGGCGAUGAGGCCCAGCCCAUACCCAUAGAUGAUCCCACCGGCCCCACCAGCGAUGAGGCCCAGCCCGUCCCCAUCGAUGAUCCCACCGACCCCACCAGCGAUGAGGCCCAGCCCGUCCCCAUCGAUGAUCCCACCAGCGAUGAGGCCCAGCCCGUACCCAUAGAUGAUCCCACCGGCGAUGAGGCCCAACCCAUGCCCAUCGAUGAUCCCCCCAGCGUUCCAGAGGCCGAGUCCACCAUUUCCCAGCUUCAAUACGACCUGAUACCCGAUUUUGAUCUUUCGGUGAUCACCGGUGUCGUGCCAAAAACCCUGGAUGAGCAGUCUACCCAGACAAAAGAGUUGCGGGGAGAGAUGAGAGAUCUUCAGGCGGAGGUGAAAGAGCUCCGGGCUGAAGUACGAGAGCUGCGGUCAGACGAAAAGAACGCCUCGACUCGGAGUACCAGCGAACGCCGUGAACCGCAAUACGUCAUCGACGACAAGCAACCGAACACUGUACACAUUGGGUUGAAUACAGGCCAUUGUGAUUCCCCAGCAUCGAAAAAGCACAGCGUUGGCUGUGCACUACGCUGCUCAGCAUCCGUCGACAGUAGGCACAGUAAACAGCCGUUGGCAAUUCGAGAGGAUCUUCUGGGCGCGGACGAUAACAAGUUUGGCUCCUUGCCAAGUAAGGACAGCGUUUUCCUUUUAGUAUGGGCGAAUGCUACAGUCCAGUUCAAGUUUGUAUCUUUCUACAAUUCCGACCAUAAUGAUUAUGACCGUGGUUGUUGCGAUGACUUCUUCGGUGGCUGCGAUGAUUUCUGUGAUAACUACUUCUUUGUAUGUAUCGACGGCGACGAUACAGGUCCCUUGGGUACAUCCUGCGACAUGGCAGCUAUCACAACAGCGAAACUUCAUGAGGAUAACGACAACUUCAACUUCCCCUCCACCAUACCCAACCUGAUAGCGAACCCGUACACCAUGCGUGUCACCUCCUGGUCGGAUAGCAUGCAAGUCUUCGUUCGAGUCUGGGAUCUGGAUACCCAGAAUAAUGAUGACGAGAUUGAUCGUGCUAGAAGGACCAUUUAUAAAGAGGCUGCACGGAGUCUAUCAACCGCGACGUGGCAGCAGUAUAGGCUGGGCUCACGGUCACAGAUCGACUUCAUUUUUGAAGUGAGGGUGUAUUGCGACAGUUAUUACCAUGGCUCCGACUGCAGUGUGCACUGUAUUCCCAGGGAUGACCAGUAUGGACAUUACCGAUGCGACGCCCUUACGGGAGACAAAAUUUGCUACAGUGGCUGGAAAGGAUCCAAUUGCGAGCUUGAUUACGAUGAAUGCCAGUCUAAUCCUUGUGCUAAUGGCGCAUGCGUUAACGGGGUCGAUCGAUUCAGCUGCUCCUGCACAAUUGGCUGGACUGGACCGACAUGCGACAUCAACGUGGACGACUGCGCGUCCAUGCCUUGCAAAAACGGCGGGACUUGCCACGAUCACGUGGCAAAUUUCACCUGCGCAUGUCCCCUUGGUGAAGUGUACGCGGACGAGUUCUGCGAGUACGACGACUGCGCAGGUCAACCAUGUCAGAACGGAGCCACGUGUAAUGAUCUGAUUGGUCAAUUCAAGUGUGUGUGUCCACUGGGUUAUUUUGGAGAUCUUUGCGAGGUCGAUAUCGAUUACUGCAUCAACCAAACCUGCGCCAAUAACGGCACGUGCGUUGACCGAGUGGGCGGAUUUCACUGUCUGUGCGAGACGGGCUACGAGGGCCUCUUGUGUGAUGUGGAAACAGACGAAUGUAGUUCCAAUCCGUGCCUUCACAAUGGGACGUGUCAUGAUCUCAUUGGGAAAUAUCAGUGUGCAUGUCUAGAAGAAUAUGAAGGAACACACUGUGAUUUGGAGACGGACGAGUGCCUGAGCUCCCCGUGUAGAAACAACGCAACUUGUGAGGACGAGUUCGCUGGAUACCACUGUCACUGUGUCGACGGGUACGAGGGUGACACGUGCGAGAUGGACAUAGACGAAUGUGCCUCGUUCCCAUGCUAUAUCAAUGAGACCUGCGUGGAUGAGAUCAACGGUUUCUGGUGUCAAAGGUUGAAUCUGUGUGAUAAUGAUCCGUGUUUGAACAACGCCACUUGCGUGGACGUUUACCCGGGGUUCAUCUGCGAAUGCGUGGCAGGCUACGGCGGAAAAACGUGCGACCAAGACAUCGACGAGUGUGCCAGCUCGCCGUGUCUACGGGGCACAUGCACCGAUCACCUGGAUGGGUACACCUGCCUCUGCCCGCCGGGCUACGGCGGAGAAAAGUGCCACAGUGAAACCAACGAGUGCAACAGCUCACCCUGUCUGAACGGGACUUGCUGGGAUCUCAUCAACGGCUACGUUUGCAACUGCACGGCGGGGUAUGAAGGCGUGCUGUGUCAGAACGAAAUAGAUGAGUGUGCUAGCUCGCCGUGUCUACACCAGGGCACCUGCACCGAUUACCUGAACGGGUACACCUGCCUCUGUCCGCCGGGAUACGGCGGAGAAACGUGCGACCAAGAAGACAUCGACGAGUGCGCCAGCUUGCCGUGUCUACACCAGGGCACCUGCACCGAUCACCUGGACGGGUACACCUGCCUCUGUCCGCCGGGAUACGGCGGAGAAACGUGCGACCAAGACAUCGACGAGUGCGCCAGCUUGCCGUGUCUACACCAGGGCACCUGCACCGAUGACCUGAACGGGUACACCUGCCUCUGUGUGCCGGGAUACGACGGAGAAACGUGCGACAAAGACAUCGACGAGUGCGCCAGCUUGCCGUGUCUACACCAGGGCACCUGCACCGAUCACCUGGAUGGGUACACCUGCCUCUGUCCGCCGGGAUACGACGGAGAAACGUGCGACAAAGACAUCGACGAGUGCGCCAGCUCGCCGUGUCUACACCAGGGCACCUGCACCGAUCACCUGGACGGGUACACCUGCCUCUGUCCGCCGGGCUACGGCGGAGAAACGUGCCACAGUGAAACCAACGAGUGCAACAGCUCACCCUGCCUGAACGGGACUUGCUGGGAUCUCAUCAACGGCUACGUUUGCAACUGCACGGCGGGGUAUGAAGGCGUGCUGUGUCAGAGCGAAAUAGAUGAGUGUGCUAGCUCGCCGUGUGAGCACGGAACGUGUGUGGAUGAGUUGAAUGGCUACAGAUGUGAAUGUGAUGUGUUUUACGAGGGCACUCAGUGUGACACGGUGAUAGAUGAGCCAUGCGCCCUCCCAGACCCACCGUGUCAGAACGGUAUAUGUGAAAACACCAACAGCGCUAACGAUUACAAUUAUAAAUGCACCUGUGAUGACGGCUUCUAUGGAACCAAUUGCGACAUAGAGUCAAAACUGUACAGUGCCGUCGUCAUGGUGAUUGGAAAGUUGGGAGAUCAGUCUGCUUUUGAAACCAAAUUGGCCAAUCUGCUGCAGAAACUCUACGCACUUCAAUCGCGCGUGCGCAGAGACACCGGAGAAACUGUGACCGUGGAAAUAAUUCUGACAGAGGACUAUGUCAAAUCUACCGAUAGCUCACCACUGACCAGAGUCACCUUUCUAGCUUGGACUGAGUCGGGUUACUUACAGAAGGACACCAUGGAGGCUUGGAUUGAUGGGGCGCCGACGGAUCUUCCUGCCCAGUUCGGCUUCGACAUCUACAAGGGAUCGGCGAAGCCAUACACCGAGAGCUGGAUCAGUUCCAACUGGUACAUCAUUCUACUCGUUGUCGUUACUGUAGCUUUGAUUGUUGCGGUCGGGUUUCUCUUCUACCAUAAAGGAGACCUCGGUCGAGCCAAGGAUGCUGCGAUCAAGUACCGAGGUCGCGACCGGGCCCAAUCGGCCCUCGAGACGACCUUCAGUACCCAUAAAGGGGAGGUGGACAUCGCCUACAGUGCCCGCAUCAAGGAUGACGCCCCUACUCUACCCAAAAGACCCGACCGUCCCAACAUGGUGGAGUCCGUCAACCCCGCGUACACAUCGAGCUGUGACCAGUCUGACUACUGUGGGUCUGCCACUGCCGGUGCCGAGAAGGCUUUCUUCGUUGCCUUGGAUGGGGGCGGGGAGAAAGCAAGCAACUACUACGCCGAUAUUCCCGCGCUCAAGGCCAAAGCUGUGGCCAAGGAGAACUCGUACUAUGAAGUAGGACAUAUCAGUGGCGUAAAUCCAUGCCGGAGAGUGUGGCAGAUGGGGGAUGACCAUGCGGCAAAAUCCUAAAAUUGUCCGGUCGUGUGAAUUCAAAAUGGGAUUUUUUUUGUAGUGUUAAUUUAACACCAUUCGGUAUCUAUAUAGGACAUCACCAGUAAAAUCUAACACCAGAUGGUCCUAUAUAGAUACCAAUGGUGUAAAUUUAACACUCCGGUUUUUGCAGUGAUAGGGGUGCUGUUCACGAUACAAAAUACAUGUAAUUGAAACAUACGUUUACACGUCCCUUAAAACCGUAACCAGCCUUAAUCCUCAAAAAUCCCCCGGUUUGGGAGGAUUUUGGAGGGUUGAGGAUGAAUGAUGCUUGAGAAAAAUUAGGAUUUUGGAGAAUUGAGGAUGAAUGGUGCUGAAGCAAAUGAGGAUUUUUGAGAAUUGAGAAUGCAGAGAGAGGCAGGACUUGUCUGACGAUUUGGAACGAUAGAGGCGCUGGGUAUCCUUCAUUUAAACACAAGUGCAACAUUUUGAAGUCUUUUGGAAGAAUAAGGAUGGGUCCCAGCAAAAAGGGCCCAAGGGGGUUGUUAACCUUCAAAGCUGGGCAUUGAAAGCUUAUUCUCCGUGGUUUCUUUUCAAAACUGUUUUAUUAAUUUGGACAGUUGGGAAGAUUUUUGGGUUUCUCACCUUCAAAACGGAAGGAGGCGGAACCAAUUCCCCACCCCCGGUCAGAAAGUGUUGGGGAUGUAUCCGCCCAUCCCCGCGGGAUUUACGCCCAUGAGGAUUUUACGUUUCAGUGUCAAAUUAAAUAAAACAUUAGUAACAAACGUGAUGUUGAACAAGGCGUUUUUCACACUGAACGUGCCGGUGUCUGGAGGUGUAAAAACAAAUCAACGUCUCACAUCACAUUGUUAUAUUGUGCCAUAAGCCAAAUAGCUAAUAAAAGGUGUUAGUUACUGUAUACGAAAUUAAUCGUCGUUAUUUUAACUGUUUUGAUUUCUGCACUACACCUUAUUGACGCAAAUAUUGUGCCAGACGGUAUUUGAGUGGUGUUGAAUUAUGUGUAUUUAAAUACAAUGUAUUGUAGAAACUUGACACGUGACCGUUCUAGAUUAAUAAAAUUGCAGUGUCCAAGUCACGAUUUAACAAAGCAAAAGCGGACUUGGGGAUCAGCUAUUAAAGGGACACAUUCCAAUCUA